AUGGGAAAAGGAAAAUUGCCUUCGGAAUUCGAGAAAGGUCAAAUUCUCGUGGAAAAGGAGCAGAGACUGUCAAAUCGCAGAAUUGCGCGAGAUAUUGGUCGAUGUCACGCAGUUUUGGAUAAUUUCAUCAAAGUCCUGAAGCUUAUGAUAAGUCAGAAGAAGUGCUGGACGUCCAUCGCUGCUGUCCGACAGAAACAAGCGCCGUACUUUGAGGGAAGCGUCGAACCCCACCAAGUCCUGUAUGGAAAUCCGGUCGCUUCUGUCUCAAAAAGCACUCAAAGGUCCUAUCCUCCAUAUGCUCUAGCUGUCAUUAAAAGCGAUAUUUCUAGCGAUUUCAAUCACAUUGUCGAUGUCUGCCUUGGUGUAUCAAUAUUCUAUGACAUCGACUGAAAUAUCCAUCGAGCAAUGCGUAUUCGGUUAUUCCUAGCAUCACUGACCGGUUUCAUUGGGGCACAGAAUCUUGCUAAUGGGUUAUUCGCGGAUACUGGGUUGAACGCUGGAUUUAUAUCGCGAAUCAAUCAGAAGGUCCUCUUUUAUUCUGAGUUAAUACUACGUCUCCAGUUAUUCUGGGGCUGGCUAUUCGAUAAAGCGACGCCUGCAUCUCUUCAGGGAUUCGACCUAAUGGCAGACUAUCUUGGUGAACGAGUGAAACGAUUUUUGGGAGCGGGAGAGCUAAUCUUCAACAUCUCGGCCCCGGUGCCACCAGAGAUGCGAAUCACCAUCUUAUCGAUGAGAGUCACGGAAUUCGAUUCACAAGCUUUCGCUUCAAAAAUGAUCGUCAUACCUGAAAAGGGAAUAGCAUGGCAGGGAUCGAACCUGAAUGUCACGGUACUUGCAUCGUUCCACCUAGAUACACCAACUGGUGAAUUGACGGGAUCGUCCCCGCUAUCAUUUGACAGAACAAAUGUUGAGCUUUUGCUUUGGACUGGCGUAAAUGCUGACGGCCACUUGAAGACCGACCUUGUCCUAUGCAAAGUGGCCGCCAACAACGUCGACUUGACACUAGAUGCAGCGGACAAGCCGAUUACCACUUAUAUGCCAGUAAUCAUUCAUUUUAUAAAGGAGCGCAUCGAACAGGGGCACUUCCUCUGGUUCUACAGUAGCGGUCAAAUGUCUUCGGUGAAAUGCUUUUCGAGGCGUAACUUUUUUCUAGUGAGGGAAUCCAGAAAACUAACAGCAAAAUUCCCACAAAAAGUGUAA